AUGUGGAUUUUCAAAAACCUUCCACCGCUGGCCAAACGGAUGAAGGACUCUUCUGACCCCUCCAUCUGCUACCCGAGGGCGUUCGUGGCCUCAGCUGCCUGGCUGGUUCUGACCGAUCAGGUCGAAAGCAACAUCGACGAAGACGACUACGACGCAGUGAAGUGGGUUGCCGCUCCGAUCUUUCAGCAGAGAGAAGUGGACCUUCCUUCCAAAAUGGACAUCGAAAAAAUGAAAAACCUGAUGAACAUGUUACAGGGGGUUCACGGCUUCAUGUCCGACGAUCUGAAGGAGCAGGUGUCAAAGUGGGAAAAAGAGCAGAUCACCGGGAACUACUUCAACUGCACACUGAAGCCACCAUCCAAGUCCAAAUCCACGCAGAUCAAUCCAUGCAAACCUUCACUACCGUGGUUGAAUUUUGACGCAAUGAGCAUGAUGGGGCCUUUCCUUUCUGAUUUAACGCCAGCCGAUGUUGAUUCCUCUCCCAAGGAAAUGAUGUGCAAGUUUUUCAGCUCAUCCCGGUUUAACUCCACCAUGAACGAAGCAAACAUGAAGCACAGCCUCAUGAAGAAGUUUCUGGGGAAAUUUAAAGAGUGCUUCAAGGGAGAAGACUUCCUAAAGCACAUGGACAAGCUUGGCCCGCUGGCUUGUUAUUAUGAUGACGUUCCAAAGUUGACUCUCGAAGACUCAAGGAAAGUUCUUGCUCAGCUUGAAAAAUGUGACAACCCCCAAAUCAAAAAGGUGAAGAAGCGACUUAUCAACUCUCUGAUGACAGAUUCCACCAAUGCUCAAUUUCUGCCCGACUUCCUCAACAAAAGUAUUACACUGUUGUCGACCAAGCAACUGUCUGAAAUCCCAACCGAAAAACUCAAGGAAGUUGUGAAGAAACUGGGACGCACCGUAAAAUGGACACGGAAGCAGAUGCGCGCUCUGAUCAGGAAACUGACAGAUGGGAAGAAGGUGAGCCGACAACUGGUCUCUGAUCGCUUUACCAUUGUUUGAUGCUGAUUUUAUUCUGCUUUCCCUCAGGGCAAAGACUUAUCACCUGAGGACCUGAAAGUCCUUACGCCGAUUGCAGAAGGUUGGCCACUCAGUGUAUUCAAGAAAAAGAACUUCCUGAACAACACAGCGGGUCUAAAGAACCUCCCCGAACAACUGAAGAAAGGACAGCGGAAGGCCAUAGUGGAGGGGAUGAAAAACAUGACGGUCUCCGAUAUGGCAAAGCAGUUCUCUGGGGCUUUGCUUCGCUACAUUUCGCUGGACAAGCUGAAAAAUGCAAACGGCGACUCUCUGGACAAAGUGGACAAUGAAGGCUGGAAUAAGGCACAGGCAGCAUAUCUGGUGAAGAAGAUGCCUGGAACUAAACGAAAUUUUAGGAAGCUGCGUUCUCUCAUGCAAGGAAUAACCUGUAAGAUUAUUGAUGAAGUUGCUGACCGUGAGGUACAGGACAUGGCUCAAGGUGUAACAGAGAAUCAAAAGUGGGUCUCCAAAGUUGAGGCCAAAUGUGCUGCUCGAAGGUUAUUUGCAAGUCUGGAGAAAGAGAGAAAAGACUAUUUCAAAACCAUCACCGAGGAGGAGCUGGAUAAGAUCGACACAUUCUUACUUCUUCACCUGCCACCUAAGAAAGUGAAGGAUCUGCCUGACUCUGUUUGUUCAGCCUUAAUCGACAAGAUGGAAAUGGCCAACCUGAGCAAAGUGCCUUUUCGUUCCCCAUCCCGUCCUGCAUUCACAAUGAGAGCUCUGCACUGCCUGGCACAAGGAAAAGAUUUGUCCAAACUGACCACUGCGAAUGUUACCAAGCUCGGACCACUCUUAUGUGAGCUGCCGCCUUCCAAACUGGAACUCAUGGCCCCUGACGUCCUUAACUUCAGCCUCAUUGCCAUGGCUUCCUGCGAGCGGAUCCCUCAACGCAACAGGAAGGCGCUAAUGGAGUUGCUCGUCAAGACUUUUGGGAAACCCAGUGAUUGGUCGGCUGAGACUGCGGAGAAACUGUUUUCUCACCUGGGUGAUGAUGACAUAGCUGCUCUGCCCAACCAAACUGAUAUAAAGGGCAUGAUUUCUUACAUGAAGUCGCGUUUGCGCGACGUUCCGAAUGGCCUGAGAAAGAAACUUUUUCAGCUCACCACCAGCAGCACAUCAAACGCAGCACGUAGAAAGAGAGCAACCAACAGUGUUCAGGAACCCACUGAGGCUUUGAUUGAAGAACUGGGAUUGGACAACAUCUUCUGGACAAAGGAACAGCUGGGCAAGAUGUCAAAGGACACUUUCCUGGCAACCGUGGAAACACUCGGAGAGAUUCCUGACUUCAGUGAUGAGCAGCUGGCAGUGCUCAGCGAAAUAGCCCAGGAGGCGAUGGGCCCGGUGUCAGAGCUGACUGAGGAAAACGUCUUAGACCUGGGUUGUAUGAUACGGAAUUUCCCCAACUCGGACCUGGAGAACCUUCCCUUGUCUCUGGAGUCUGUGGAAGGACUCAUCCAGUGUCGCUGGACCGAAUCACAGAUGGAGUCGGUUUGGAGGGCUGUUUCUAAAUACGACAAACUGACAGCUCAGCAGCUGGACAGUGCAGAUAUCGUCACUCUGGACCGCUUCAUCUGCGGCCUGAACUCCGACGAGAUCAAGCAGCUCAGCGUGGAUACCUUCAUGGACGCUGUGGGAUCAAUGGAUGAUGUCCAGUGCCCCUAUACAGCUCAAAAGAAGGUCAAACCUCUUAUUGUGUCUGCCAGAGGAGAUCCAAGCAACUGGACAGAAGAAGACAUAUCCGAAAUAGGCACCUUCGUUGGUGGGUUGACUGGAGAAGAGCUGGCUUCUUUGAACCCACAAGUCUUCUCGUUUUUCACCGAGACUUCCAUCCCGCUCAUUCCACCAGAAAAUAUGGCUAAACUCUCUGCUGCUCAGCUGGAGAGUCUUGGGCCCGACGCCGCCGCCAUGAUGACCGACCAACAGCGAGCUGCGCUGUCAGACGAACAACGAGACGCACUGGACAGGGCUGAAACUGGUUCUGACGAGGAACCAAACGGCACCACCGUCAUGUCAGGAGCUCCAUCGCUGAGCGUCGAGGGGAUCUCGGCCUUCGUGAAGCCCGCUCUGGUUCUCCUCACGGGCUUCCUGCUGCUGUGAGAACAGAGAAACAUCACAUCCAACGACAAAACCUGCAACAGCUUCAGCUAAACGCACAUUUACAGCAUCGUUUUCUUCCAACUAAUCCUUAUAGAACACUUGUGACAGCAUGCAAUUAUCCUACUCGUGGCAAAGAGACGUUUUGUAUAGAUGCAUUGUCUAAGAUAAUUACUGUGCGAUUGUAGGAGCGUGGGUACGGUGAAUAACUUAAUCAAAUAAGCUAUGUAAAGGCGAUUUACUGCUCAGUUUUUAUGCAAUAUUCUGUCCGUUAUAUAUUUAUAAGAAAGCAUAUUUUAAUAGAAUCAAGAGAAAUAUGUAAGAUUUGACAAUAAUGCUCUCUGUAUGAGUUUGAUAUGUGGAUAUUUAACAUGUACUGACAAAAUGCAGGGUGACAAACUCAAUAAAAACUACAAAUAUACUUACA